AAAAAAAAAAAAAAGUGAUUAAAAAAACAUUGACGGCUCAUCAUGCGCUACUAUGAAACGGGCUCUGACACGCACGCGCAGUAUCGAAGUGGGCAUCAGCGCGUGACUGGUGACUUAAAAAAAAAUCUUAAUAAUUCACUUAUAAGCUGCACUUCGUUUGAAAAUGACGUCGUCCACACUCGGCCGUGCCAAGGGCAAAAGUGUAACCGGGAGGAAGAGAAAAGAAUCAAAGAAGAAGAAGAAAAAGCAGCAGCAGAGGAGCCACGGAGACAUUCCUCUCAGAGUUUUCACUUUUCCUUCACUUGGAGAGAAACGCUGCAGUUUGUUCUAACAGCGUGAGGAGGAAAGGAGCCUUUUCAUCCUGACUUUUUAAUUUGAGGAAAAUGUUUGUAACAACAGGUGUGAAACUUAGCUUCCUACUAUCCGAACAAAACAAACUUCCCAAAAGCGCAGCGAUUUGAAUCUGCUUCCUCGUAAGCGCAGAUUCUCUGGAGAGAGUUUGCUUCGACCAUGAGUGGGAAAGGCUGUCACAUCCUUGUGUCUCCCUGCAGCGGGUCCCCAUCACUCAGCAUGAUCCGAGGCCACCAGCCUCCAUCCAUCAGGAUGCCCGUGCCUUCCCCUCAACAGAACGAGAGAGCUGACCCAGUGAAACGAGGAAGUGUUCAGUCUCUAACCUCUGGGAAACCGAGCGGAGGCCACGUCGUUCUGCCUACCUUGAGCCUCCGCAGACAAGUGUUGACCAAUGGAAAACAUCUGACUGGGCCGAACGCGUCCCAACAGCAACAACCUGCUCAUCUUUCGCAAAACACAACAGCGACAACUAACAAACCGACAAGACUCAGCCCAUCUAAUCGCAGUUUCAAAGAUUUUGCAGUCCCUGAGUCCCCUUUCGAUGUAUGUGGUCAGGUGCCAGGCGUUAACCUAACAGUGACCAGUAGUUCCAUAGGUGCUCCCUCAGGCCAACCUUAUCCUUCACUGCCUCAACCCCCGUCAUGUCCCAGCAUGCCAAAUCCUCACACGGAUACAAGGUCCUUGCUGUCCAGAGAAUCUCUGGCAUCCACUACCCUCAGCCUGUUUGAAACGCAGUCAGUGUUUAGUGGCAAACACGACUGGCCAUAUGGUUACCGUGUGCUUCCUCCUGUGGGAUUACCUCUCACUUGUAGCGAGGGUGGCGAACAGGUCUGCCUGUCCCCUGGAACAGCCAUGUCGGGCACAACCAUAUCAGGCGGCACGAGCACCUCUGCCUCCCUGCCUUCUUACCUCUUUGCCGUUGAGGCCGGAAGCCCCCGGCAGUCUCGUGCAAAGAAGAGAGCUCUCUCCAUGUCACCUUUGUCAGAUGUCAUGGGUAUCGAUUUUAACGCUAUUAUACGCACCUCGCCGACCUCGCUUGUGGCUUACAUCAACGGUUCCCGCAGCUCUCCGUCCUCUCACUUCACACUCUCACCUGUUCAUUCUGAAGGAUACGGUCAUUUCCUGGGGGUGAGAGGUCGAUGCAUACCCCAGAGCCAUCACUACAACAUGAUGAGCUCUUCGCAAGCUCUGGCCCCACAGUCAGAGUGUGGCCGCAUGCAGAUGCUUGAGGAGGAAGGGGAUUUGGAGGGCCAGAUGGCUAACAUGAUGGUGGCACAGCAGUGCCUUCCAGAUGAGGGUGGGAUUCUGGAGACGACAUCAGACAACUGUAGCCAAACCUUCAGCAAUGUCCUGCCACCUCUACAGUUAGAGCCGGCUCUCACAACUGUCCAAGAAGUUGCUGUUCCACAAAGACCUCCACCACCUUACUACUCGCACCAACACAUAAAGCUCUCCAGGCAUCACAGGAAAGUGAAGGCACCUUGUCAGGACCCUUUCAUGCAGGUUCCUAUGCAUCCUCACAGACACGGAGUUGGAUUUUUACCCCAAAUUCCAAUGUUGGAGGAGGAAGAAGGUGAGAUGGAGGACUAUGGCACCCAUUGCUGCAGGUGGAUGGACUGCAGUGUAGUUUAUGACCUAAAGGAGGAGCUGGUAAGGCACAUAGAGAAGAUACAUGUAGACCAGCAGAAGGCUGAGGACUUCACGUGCUUCUGGGUAGGAUGUCCACGCAACUUAAAGCCGUUUAACGCCCGAUACAAACUUCUUAUCCACAUGAGGGUCCAUUCAGGAGAGAAACCCAACAAAUGCUCGUUUGAAGGCUGCAACAAGGCUUUCUCCCGGCUCGAGAAUCUGAAGAUACACCUGCGCAGCCACACGGGUGAGAAGCCCUAUCUGUGUCAGCACCUCGGGUGCCGCAAGGCCUUCAGCAACUCAAGCGACAGAGCUAAACACCAGCGCACGCACCUGGACACGAAACCAUAUGCGUGCCAAGUGCCGGGAUGCGCAAAACGUUACACUGAUCCCAGUUCAUUAAGGAAACACAUGAAGUCCCAUUCUACUAAAGAGCGGCAGUUACGAAAGAAGAUGAAAGCCUCUGCUGAUGCAACUCAAGAUACACUGACAGACUGUUUAACCAUCCACCCUCUGCAUCCAAACCUUUCCCCUCUGGCAAGGCUAGACGACAGUGUGAAUCCAGCUCUUGCUGUAACACAACGACAAGAGUCUUACAGCGGCUCCCACCUGGCUUUGUUGGACUCCUUACAGGAUAACUACAGGUUUGUUGUUCCUUCUCCUCAUCAGCCCAUCCCUGGAGACCCAUGUGGGCCUUGCCCCUCCACCUGCCACCCGCAUCCUCCUCCCAAUGGACCUUCCCCGCAAAACAACUGUAAUCUGAAGCAGCUCGACCACCAUCGUGGCGUGUAGACCAGAGCCCAGGAUUUGUCCACGUUCAAACUGAGGACACAUCUGCUACUCCAGAGUUGCAUGGAGGAAACUUUUUUAGAUAGACAAGAAAUGGAGGAAACUUUUUAAGCGUCUUUAACAUCAACACGAGAAAAGUCUCCCACAUUUACGCAGAGACGUGUGUUUCUUACCUUUGCACUACUUUAAGCCCCUUUGUUUUUGAAUGAACUCUUUCACACUGAAAGCACAAACAUUGUUGACAUUUAAAAAAACAAAAGUGAAGAUUUUGAGGUUUUAACUCCUCACAUUUCUGUACCUGACUUAGUAACUCAGUUUCAGCCAUCCUCAAUCAGCAUAUUGAAUGUCCCUAGAGGAUUUGAAUGUUUACCUGCUCGGGUUUUACACAACUUGCGUAGAACAUGUGGUUCUUCCGGUAGUUUCAGGUGGCAUUUUCCACAAUGUCAACACUGCAAUCAAAUCAAAGUAUGCGAAGAAUAUUUUAUUAGGUUUUUUUUUUUUUGAUCCAUGUCUUGGUCACUAUAGUAACAAGACAGCCUUAUUAUUUCACUGUAAUGUUCGUACAUAUUACCUGUUGCCUAAAUAUAGUAACUUGCUAUAAGGGCUCCUGUGUUUAGAUAAGGAGGCAAAUUAGUGUUUGUGAUGAUGACAGUAGAUUUGAAUGCUUUAUUAUUGUACAUUAUUUGCACAUCACAACAUAGAUGUCCUCUGAAAACAUGAAAACACUUUUUUGUUACGCACCGUAAUUGCAUUUCAUUUUCAUAUGGAAAAGAUUGAAACCUGGAAGCUUAAAACCUGCUCAACAUAGAGAUAGAUAACUGAAAUAUUAGUUUACCAGUUUUUAAUCUAGAUGAAAAGAAAUGAAACACAUAAGCAAGUCAAUUUUUUUUAACUAAACAUUUUGCAACAAUCAGCUGAAAUCGAAUGUGUAAAAUUUGGUAGCAUGUGUAGAAAAUAUACACAUUUGUAUAUUUGGUCUGAUUUAGAACAGAAGUAAAGGAUUUGAACUUUUGA